AUGCACUUUGUUCCUGAGGACGCAGCACACUCCGUGUACCGCGGCUACGUGAGCGUGGAUGGCGACGAAUUCGCUGUCCGAGUGUCCAAUGUGGACUAUGAUGCACGGACGGGCCGAACUGUAUUGGAUGCAGCUCAAUUAGACGUGGAGCGCGCGCUGGCAACUCGGCUGCAACCGCACAGAGCUACGCUGAAGCUGAGACUGGCGCAGGCGUCGUCUCUCGCGGGUUUCGCAACGGAGUUAGAGGAGCUGGUAGCCAUCUGCUGCAGGACACAGACUGGUGAUCAGGUUGCAUUGCCAAGUGCUAAAUAUUACGCAAGAUUAUUAGAGGAAUUGGACGUCGUGGGUUGGAAUCGCCUCCGUCAACUCAGCGACGACUUGCGCUCACUGGAGCUAGAGACAAAGGACACGGCGGAACGUAUCCAUGCGGUUCGGGUGCUUUUGCCCUUGGAGUAUGAGGCUGCCGGCUUUGCAGCGAAACCGGAGUGUCUGGUAGACGCCCCCGAGGCUUUUGAUCUGGAGUGGCCGCCACAGGAGAACCACACGGUGUUGGAUGAAGUGUUGAAGCAGUUUGAGAGUUUCUUGGACAGGUUUCAGAAAUUCUGGGACGUGUUGGAUGCACUUGGUGCAGCGACGUGUGUGUUGGAGCCGCGCCAUGGGACGAGAGCUACAGGGCGAAGGAGGUUGGCGCUGGAACGACAUGCCUCAGUGCAGUUGGAAGUGGACCCGGCACAUCCGACGGCUGUGUUGACUGAGUUGAACUUCUUUGGAAACCAGGCAAGUGUCGGAGUGCUACGUGAACGCUGGGGCAACAACGCAUCGAGUAGGUGGGAUGAAUUAAGACCACUACACAAGAACUUAGAAGACGUGCUGGAGCUCACACUGCCGUCUCCAAAGACGACGAAGGCGGAAGAGUUUGCCAUCGAGUGCGGGAUUUGCUACUCGUAUCGCCUGGAGGUUGAGGAGGGCAAUGAGGAAGAAGCGAAGAACCCGAUGCAACGGAAGGCCGUUGAAGAACAAGGCUCUCGCAUUCCAGAUCGUCUGUGUGAGAACACCAAGUGCAAUCGGCCAUUCCAUGCCAAAUGUCUAUUUGACUGGCUUCGUGCACUACCCACGUCACGUCAAUCCUUCCAUACUGUGUUUGGGGAAUGUCCAUACUGUCGAGAAGCGAUUAGUGCCAAGUUUCAGCCAGAGUUUUAA